UGCAAGUCUUCCUCCCAUGGAGAAUGCUCAGAAAAGAAUUGCGGCCGAUGGCGAAUCCAAACUUCCAGAGGAAAUCAUUCAGCACAUACAAUCACUUAUGUCUGAAAGGGAUGCUGCUCUAACCACUCUCCUAUCCAAGUCGUGGCACGGCGCGUGGUGCACACGCCCCAACCUCUAUUUCGAUCCACUCCCGUUUCGGCAUCGCAUGGAUGAGUUCCCCAUAUUCGCGAGGAAGUCCAUGCAGAGGUACGAAGAUCUGAACCUAAAGAUUAAGAGUUUCAAGCUAUGGGUGGAAGGUGACGACGAUUCUGAUCUAGCUAGAGAAUUGAUUUUGAAAGCCAUCAAAUUGGGGGCUACUGAUCUCACCAUUGAUGUACCGACCUGGGUUAGUAUUAAUCUACCAUACGAGGUCCUCGAAUCCGAAACCCUAACUAGAUUAUCUGUUCACAAUGUCAGAGUUGAUUUCAGAAAGAGUAAUAAAGUGGUAAACUCCUCCAAUCUUAAAUCCCUUCAUCUAUCCAAUGAGCAUGUAAACGGUGAUUUAAUUAGGAAUUUGAUUUCGAGAUGCCCAUCCAUUGAGGAAUUAACAUUGAGAAGACUCGGGAGAUCAACAUUGCCCGUUUAUGAAGAUCCGAUGAUCGACCUGCAUAAGCUGAUCCAACUGCAUAAGCUCAAGUAUUUGCGAUUAGAUAGUUUGGGUAUUGCAGAUAGAUCUAAACGUGACUUGUGGCCUCAAUUUGCUUGCCUCAAAGAAUUGGUGAUUUGGGAUUACCUCGUCUUUGACCACAGUGAUUGGGAGAAGAUAAGAAUUUGUAGCCCAUCACUUGAGCGCAUAACCAUACACUUAAAUCGCAUUACAAAAGAUAUCUAUGCGGUGUUUGAUGUUCCAAAUAUUCGAUACUUUAAGUUUGUGGGCUGUGAGUUUCCGUGCCUGAUCAGGUUCAAAGCAAUGGGUAGUCGGGAAUGGGAGUCGGAUAUACACAUACAUCGCUCGGCUACUAGUGCUUCGUGGUUCGCUUCGUUGAAGCAGUUUGUGAGAAUGUUGAGCCCAUCCCGAGUUUCUCUGUAUAUACUCAUUGGCAAUCGGCCAUAUGAUGGAUAUAGCUAUGUGGGAGGUGGUUCAGCUAUACCUGCGGUGGAGAAUUUGACGCUAGAGGGUUUUGCAGUGACCCGUGCUUUUAUGGAUGAUUUACUUCUGAGUUGUUGCCCCAAAUUCAUAAACAUUCAAAAACAUUAUGCAAAGGUAGUGGAUUUGAAAGUAUUCAGACAAUUGAAGAAGAAGAGAUUGUUAGAUGCUCCAAGGAAAAGGAAUCAUAGGGAAAUUCUGCACUUCCAACGGAAAUAGGCUAAUCACUUCAUGUUUAAUUAAGUUAUACUUAAAGUGUGCUUGGUGUAAAGUGUGCUUGGUGAAGCGGUAAGAGGUUAAUGUCUAAGGCCGAAGGUGUUGGAUUCGAGUUCCAUGUGGUGGCGAUAGCAAGCAGCAAAACGACACCGUUAUUGCUGUGUUGGAUGCUCCUCUCGCCGGCAGCAGCAAUUCCACCUGUUUCUUUACUUGCUUAUUUUGUGUUAGCAUCAUUACUUAUUUUGUUAGAC